AUGCUUCUCCGUAAAUGUAAACGUUUAGCCGGUAAACCGGCAGAUGUCACUCAUUUGGAUUUGAUCCUGAUUGCUUCAGGCUGUGGUACAUUCCUUAUUGCUUCAGGAGCUUAUGUCUUUCAUAGCUAUGAAAAAUGGACAUAUUUUGAUAGUUUAUAUUACUGUUUCAUUACUCUUACUACUAUCG